GCGCCGCAGCGGCUGGAGCGCCUCCUCACACACACACGCACACAUCCCACCGAGAACACGCUCCAGCUUCUCUGCAUCACAUGUGCAGCGGGACCUGAUGACAGGAGAGAGCGGGUCCUGAGCGUCCACGGCGGGACCGCGUCCGUCUGCGCCUCGGUGCAGCAGCUGAUCGUGGACCAGCGCGUGGUAUAUUGGUGGAAUCCGGUUGGCGGACUGCGGUCGGAUACUCAAGAGAAGAACGUGUGUGAUAUUUAUGACGGGGGUUGGGAAGCAUGUUCUGCGUGGAUCUGCAGCGGACAGCGCCUUUGGAAGCGAACGAAGACGUGCGUGAGCUCCUUUCCCCGCCGCUGGAGAACGUCUGAAUUCCCCUGCACGAGUCUCAAUGAGAUUCCUGACACCCACAGCAGCGGAGCGAUGUUGAGUCUGGAUCGCAUCCCUGAGAACGUGCAUGCAAAGUAAAGGCGUCUUCUUGUGGCCCAGAGUGGGAGAAAGUGGUGCCGCUGUGUCGGGGUGACUCCUCUGCAGAUAACCAGCGUGAAAGCUCCUGAUCGUCUUUCAUUGGGGCCCGCUCACCUUUCUUUCUCUGCGGCCCCAGCGAACUCAGCGUGUCGGCAAGAACCUGCACAGCCUGUCACGUGGACUUGCUUGUGAGAACAGGAGGAAAGCAUUGUCCCCAUGAGACCGUUGGCUGGAUGAGCGCUUGAACUGAGGAGGACCUGCUUUGGAUUGAGUUGCUUUAUGAGUUUUAACUGCUGGGAGCCUGGCAGGGGGAGCCAGCAUGGCCAAGCCUCUGCUGAAGAUACAGCGAUAUUUCCGCAGGAAACCGGUUCGGUUCUUCUCCCUCAUCCUGCUCUACCUAACGGCGGGGAGCCUGGUCUUCCUGCACUCGGGCUUCGCUGGGGACAGCAGCAGCAGCAGAGGGAGCCGGGACCCUGUGGUAGCUUCAGACAUGAGCCUCCACUCUGCAUCACCGGACAAUCGGGGGAUCGGAAUCAUGCGUAGAGGCUUCAAGGAUGCGCGCAGGUCUGGUCGGAGAUACGGGCCCCUGUGGAUGAAGAAGACAGAGCAGAUGUUGGGAGGGAAAAGCGGAGACUACGCUAACUGGAAUCGAGCGCUCAAAGGGCGGAAUGGCAAAGAUGGGGAGGAUGGACGAGCGAGGUAUAUCGGGUGCUACAUCGAUGACACACACAAGAGAGCGCUGAGAGGAGUUUCCUUUUUUGACUACAAAAAAAUGACUGUGUUCCGUUGCCAGGACAACUGUGCAGAAAGGGGCUACAUGUUUGCUGGGCUGGAGUUUGGAGCCGAGUGCUACUGUGGUCACAAGAUCCAGGCGCCCAACGCUUCGGAAAGUGACUGUAACAUGGAAUGCAAAGGCGAGAAGAGCAAUGUGUGCGGAGGAGCGAACCGUCUGUCCAUCUACAGGCUGGAGCUGAGCCAAGAGUCUGCACGCCGCUACGGUAGCGCCAUUUUCAAGGGCUGUUUCCACAGGCCUGACAACGUGACUCUGGCUCUUCCAUUCAGCACUGUCAUCCAGAACAUGUCUGUGGACAAGUGUGUGGACUUGUGCACGGAGAAGGAGAAAUCACUGGCAGUUCUCGCUGGAGACACAUGUCACUGCGGCUUCCCGACGCCUCUCUUCUCCCUUCACGAGCCGGAGGAAGAGGCCAUGUGUCUCCAUCGCUGUCCCGGGGAAGAGUUUGAGAACUGUGGCAACCAGCAGUACUUUGUGGUGUACCAGACACAGGUUCAAGAUAACCGUUGCAUGGACCGGCACUUCCUGCCCGCUCACGCCAAGCAGCUGGUCGCCCUCGCCAGUUUUCCCGGGGCUGGAAACACCUGGGCUCGCCACCUCAUCGAGCUGGCCACAGGCUAUUACACCGGAAGCUAUUACUUUGAUGGUUCUCUUUACAAUAAAGGGUUCAAAGGUGAGCGAGAUCACUGGCGCAGCGGGAGAACCAUCUGCAUCAAGACGCAUGAGAGCGGGAAAAAGGAGAUCGAAGCUUUUGACUCCAGCAUCCUCAUGAUCCGGAACCCGUACAAGGCCCUGAUGGCAGAAUUUAACCGAAAAUAUGGCGGACAUAUUGGGUUCGCCUCCCAGGCGCACUGGAAAGGAAAAGAAUGGCCGGAGUUUGUGAAGAACUACGCCCCGUGGUGGGCGUCCCACACCUUGGACUGGCUCCACUACGGCCGCAACGUGCACGUGGUUCACUUCGAGGAGUUGAAGCGAGACUUGUUCUCACGGCUGAAGGGGAUGGUGCAGUUUUUGGGCCUGAAGGUUUCUGAGGACCGCCUUCUGUGCGUGGAAGGUCAGAAGGACGGGAACUUUAAACGCUCGGGGCUUCGCAAGCUUGAAUACGACCCCUACACGGCGGAGAUGCGAACCAACAUCGAGGAGAUGAUCAGGACGGUCGACGCUGCCUUGAAGAAGCGAAACAUGUCUGGGGUUCCAGACGAAUACAAGCCAAGAUGAUACACGUGACCUCCUCGACUCCUUUUCUACACACUCUGCAUCCUAUUUUUCCAAAAUCUAUUUUUAUGCAUUGGGACGUGUUGUGGAAGCUAAAGCAUGGAUUCUGAUCUGUCCUCCAUGAAUCUUUAUGCAACCUUUCUCCUCAUUUCUGUUCGGAUCACAGCGUCCUUGAGCAGAUGUUGUUGCCUGAGAAGCACUUACGUCCACCUGCCUUAACAUGAACAAGGUACAAACGCUGUGAUGAAAAUGAGGCUGAUUCGAUCCAAAAUUUCAACCUAUUCUCUUGACAAUAAUUUUGCUGCUAUCACAACACAAUUGUGCGCCUCACUGUAAUUUAAGGAGCCCUCGCUGAGGGACAUGCAAUAAGCAGGUUGUAACAACCUGGUGAUGAUACUGUGUGUGUGUUUCUAAAUCCCUCUGCCUCAGACGAGUCACGUUUUUAAAGAGCUAAAUAACUCCCCACAUCACUGAGGAGAGGAGUAAUCCGUCUUGAAUUCAACAAGAGAUUUAUUUUGGUUUGUGGUGUAUCUUAAUCUGAUUUCGCUUUUUUUUUUGAUGCCGAAAUCCAAAUAGCACUUUUGUGUGCACCUCUUUCCCCAAAGACAAUUUUGGAUUUGCGUGUGUUUUAGCUGAGAACACGAGCGUAGCAGUAAUCACUUUAGACCUGAGGAUGUUGGUGAAUACGUUUUAUUGAUUUGUAGUGAUGAGACAAGCCUCACUCCCGAAAUAAAUAAGCUCCUUCACAAAUGGUACUCUGCCAUAUGCUUCAGAUCAAAUAUUCUAUGAAUAAAAAAAGAUGUGAAUAUAUGAAUAAACAAUGACACGGAGAGCCGAGAGACAAAAACGUACGUUUUCACUAUAGUAUAUUUUUGUAACGUGAGCGCUAAAGCAGGAAUAUUUGUACACCGAGAAGUUAUUUUAGAACUUUAUUGGCUGUUCCAUGUAUUGACAGGAAGAUAUGAUGAGCUCUGAAUGUAUUUUCUACAGAAAGUAGUGUGACAAGACCCAAUAAAUGA